AUGGAUUCUACAUUGAAUGUUUCAAGACCCAUGGAUAACUCCAUGUCCAUGAUUAAUCAAUCAAUAUCAACCAAAGAUAGUUUGGAUCUAUCAGGCAAAAUGUUGGAUAGAUUUUUUGCUGCAGAUGACUCUUUUCCAACACUUAUUGAGAAAAUGCAGAUAACUAAAAGCAGUCAAAGUGUUAGUGGUUGUACCGAAUAUGAUUAUCCUAAAGAAGGACUAGGGAUGCCUUCAAUUACUCCCCUUAAAUCAAGACACAAGAUACCACUACCAGGCGCAUUACUAGAGCAGUGGAAUGAUGCACAAAACUUUCAUCGCAAGUUGGGAAUAUUUCCUAGCAUCAACCGAGUUUGGGUCACAAUUGAUCAAGAAUUCUUUUUAUGGGACUUUAGUGAAGGAACGGAUUUAUCUUAUUUUGAUGGAAUGAAUUCAACAAUUUUUGCAGUAGCGCUGGUACCACCUAAACCAAAUGUUUUUCAAGCUCACAUUAAACAUUUGUUAGUCUUAGCUACUGGAUUAAACAUUGCAAUAUUAGGGGUAAAGUUUAAAAAAGUUACAGGUGUUGAUGGCAAAACUGUUGAACAAUUGGAACUCACUACAGAUACCAUAUAUGAAGUUCCCACUGAAGGUGUAAUAACAUCUAAAAUAGUUGGAACUGACAAUGGACGUAUCUUUCUUGCAAGUGAAGAUGGUAACCUCUUUGAAAUUGAUUAUUGGAAAGAUUUGGGAUGGUUUUCAAUUGGAAAUGGAAGACGUUGCAAGAAAGUUUGUCAUUCAACCGGUACUUUAUCAUAUAUAUUACCAUCAUUUUUAACAUAUGCUAUCACCGAACCCUCUGCCAUUAUUGAAGUAGCUGUUGAUAAUACACGGCACAUACUUUACACAUUGACUGAAAAUAGUUCAAUUGAAAUGUAUGAUCUUGGAUCUGAUGGUAAAUCUACAAGCCGAAUUGUUUCUUUGUCGCAUUCUAAUCUUGAGCAUCAAGUUUCAAAACUGCUUAGAACAAUAGAAAUAGCUCAAAUGACUAUAUUGAGUAGUAUAAAAAUCGUUGAAGAAACUGAAUCACCUAACAUUCAUCUGUUGGUUGUAUCAAAGUCUGGAUUUAGAUUGUAUUUCUCUACUGGAGCAAUAACCUCCAGCAAUACUAGACCUUACACAUUACAACUUGUUCACAUACGUUUGCCACCAGGAUAUAAUAGAGUUAUUGGAGAAUCUAAACCGAGUAGUGUUCAGCACGUUCUCUACAACAGAGGCACUAUUAUAAUGGCAUGUAAUACUGACAUAACUAAUUACAGGCCAAUGUUGUGGUGUAUAUCUCCUGAUGAAUAUGCAUUUAGUUCUAACUUUAGUGAAAGAUAUUUUAUUACUGAUUUGGAUAUGUGUCCUUUAUCACUGGACAAUAUAGGUCCAAAUUUAUUAAUAUACAAUGACCCAAGCUCACCACAACCACCACUCAUUGUUCGUCAACAAUUUGAAAAUCGCCAAGAAUAUAUAACUUUAGCUCCACAAGGUUUGGAAAUUUUUGAAAUGCUUCGGCCUUAUGAUACUCUUUGUGAAUUAUUGGCCAGCAGUCAAGGUUCAGAAACAGAUGCUAUCAAAACAUAUUUUAAAAAUUUCACAGAUAACCAAGCAUGUGUGGCAUGUCUCACAAUUAUUUGUGAUCAGUCAUUAAAAAAUAUAAAGAUCAAAGAAUAUGCGACUCGUGCAUUUUUCACUCAUGGUGGUGAGCCUAAAUUAGUGACUGAAAAUUUACAUGAAUCACUUCAUGAAUUAACAAGAGUUCCUCAGAAUAAUAGUUUCAGAUCAAGUACUUAUUUAACAUCAACUAUACCAUCGUGUAUGCCAACUUUUAUAAAAAAUCAGACAAAUAUAACACACUUACCAUUUGAAUCCACAAGUGUUCAAUACUCUUCGAAACACAAUGGAUUAUAUUUAUUUGUGAGUCGUUUACUGAGACCGCUUUGGAACAUUAAAGCUGUUAAUUUGGAAACCACUGAUGGGAAAACUUAUAUUGUCAACACUGUGUCUCCGGACGAUUGUUUAUUUGUUGCAAGCCAUUUGCAAACUUUGCACGCUUUCAUGAACAAUUAUUCAAAAAUGUUGGCAAACUAUACCAGAAUACCAUUUGAUGCUUCUAAACGAACAGCUGCACAGGAUGCACAUCAAUCUGAAUCAAAAUCGAUAGAAUGUUUGAAACAAUUAGUUGUUCGUAGUGCUGAAGUGUUUAAUUUGUGGAAAUUACUCAGUGAACAUCAAUUUUUUAUGAUAGCGAAGGAAUUACUCGACCAAGAACAACGUGUAUUGGAAAAUGUUACUUUUAAAGAAUUGAUCCUUGUACACCAAGAACUGUGUCAGACUUUGGUUCAAAAACUAUUAGACACAUAUUUAAAUGAAAGUUCGUCUGUAGAAUCAAUCAGUACAAAAUUACGACAAGUCUGCCCGUCCAUAUACCAUUCUGAAGAUGCUGCUUGUGCAAAAGCUUCAGAAAUGAUUAAAUUAGCUCAAUCUACAGUCAAUGAAGAUGAGCGUAAACGAAUCCUAUACCAAUCUCUUAUGGUGUUGAAAGAAGUGGCACCAAAGUUUAAUUUAACUUCAGUGUGUUUACAAUACACAAAUUGUGCGUAUAUGGAAGGUGUAUAUCAGAUGUGUAAAGAGUGUGCUAAAAAAAUUGAUCCUAAGAAUUUAGGAGGUCAUUAUUUUGUCAACAAUAUGGUAUUAGAUAGAGAUGGACCAGGUUAUGGUGCCUACAUGCUCAGAUUAGAUAUUUACAAAGAAAUAAGUGCAAGUUUAGAUUACUUAUACUCAAUCAUGGUGAAAAAUCCAUCUGUAUUUAUACCAACUCGACCAAAUUUGAUCCCUGGAAUUCUAGAAAAUUCUGCACUAACUUCUGAACAAUCUUCUAAUUUGGUUUCUGAACUGAUAAAAUUGUGUAUCUCCUGUGAUGAUGAAAUCAUGCACACUGUAGUGUAUAGAUGGAUGAUAGAUAAAAAAUUAAUUAAAGAAACAAUUGAAAUGGGAAAUCAUAGUUUGGAAAAGUUUUUAUUAACUCAGUCCAGGUCUGAUGAAAACAAUAACUAUAUCAAAGAUGUACUCUGUAGAUAUUAUGAGUAUAAUGGAAAUUAUAAUGAGGCAGCCGAAGUUCUGGCAUCAUUGGCUAAAAGACCAGAGAGUGGCUUAACUUUAAGCGAUCGUCUUAUGUAUUUGGGCCGAGCUAUGGCAUGUUUACGCAGUAAAAAGUUGAGUACACCUGCCUUGAAUGUUACCAGUCUCAGAGAUGUUGAAGACUUGUUACAAGUAGCUGAAAUACAGAAAAUGGUAUUGGAUUUAUUGUUGUCUAGUCAAAUUGAUGGAAGAACUGAUAUUAUUGAUAAGCUAAAUAGCUGUCUGUUUACAUUAGGCGAACUUUACAGUAAUUUUGCGGAACCUCAUAGGCUAUGGGAAGCUCAGUUGGCGAUAUUACAACUUUCCAAUCAUGAUGAUCGUGAACUAGUCAAUCAGAUUUGGGAAAGUAUUUUACUAAAAGUUGUGGAAGAUUGUGGAGAUAUUGGUGAACACAAUAAAAUGACCAUUGUUCUUGAAAAAAUAAAGUCAUUGGCUAGUUCGCAUCCAAUUAAUUCGUCUACAUUUGACUUGGAGUAUGUAACGACAAUGUUGGAAUAUUUGAACUGUAACUUGGGUGGAGAUUUGGAAUCCGUCUACACAACUAUGUUAACUAUUGGUGCUCCUAUCGAGUCUUUAGUAGCAAUUUAUAAAAAAAUUUAUUCUACUAAUGAUCCGCGGUGGCAAAAGACAAGUGAGCUACAUGUUUUGGAAGUUAUCAUGAGUUUGGCUCGGUAUUAUUUACAAAAUGUUGAUCUAUGGCCAUCAGGAAUGCAAAGGAGAUCCAUUGCUGUUAACUUAUUCGAUUUGUUAGUUAUUUGCCAAAACAUGUUGUAUAGCCGUUUUGCACAUAGUCCACUGAUCGAAGGUGUCAUCGCAAUCAAAAAUGAACUUGACAACAUCAUUAAACACUGA